UGGCAGCAUUUGGAAUUAUUCCUUUUGUGAAGCCGGCCUCCAGGCAUACUCUGUGCUGGUCGAUACCUCUCCGUGGUAGGCAACUGAGGAGGCUUCCUAAUGGGGACUAGCGCCGCUCCACGUUCGACGCCCGUCUUUAGCGACCAGGAUGGCUUUGACAUUUCUGACUCCUUCAACCAUCAACAACGCGCGUGCUUGAGGUGCAUCGGAUCGCUCUACCAUCCACCAUCGCACUCCACCCUUUUUAAUCCUUCGAUUGACGCGACAUUUUGAUCCUUUCGGUCCCAACCCUAGAAUCUAUUCACCAUGCCUGGCGGAAAGGGAAAGUCCAUCGGUGGAAAGGGCGGCUCCAAGGACUCUGCGGGGAAGAGCCAGAAGUCUCACAGCGCAAAGGCCGGUUUGCAGUUCCCCUGCGGACGUGUUAAGCGUUUCUUGAAGAACAACACGCAGAACAAGAUGCGCGUUGGUGCUAAAGCUGCCGUCUAUGUCACUGCUGUUCUCGAAUACCUGACUGCUGAAGUUCUCGAGCUUGCUGGAAACGCCGCCAAGGAUCUUAAGGUCAAGCGUAUCACGCCCCGUCACUUGCAGCUGGCAAUCCGCGGAGACGAGGAACUGGAUACCCUGAUCCGCGCCACGAUCGCCUUCGGUGGUGUUCUGCCACGCAUCAACCGCGCACUACUGCUGAAGGUCGAGCAGAAGAAGAAAAACAAGACUGACGCUUAAACUUCUUUUCACGGCGGACCGGAUACCCGACGAACGAAUGGCGUUUUGAUAAUGAUGAAUUCAACCCCGGGAGAACUGAACCGGAUUCUCUCUUCCUUGGCCUUCAACUUGCUCUUGGGUCUC